AUGACGGACACUUUCGGUACUGCUGCCAUGAGCGAAGCGCUCCCUACCGCUGGUCAGAACGACCAAGCCCCAACUCCCGGCACUCAGGGAUACGAUGCGUCGCAAGGCCGAUGGACCGAGCCCCAGGCCAUUGACUACACUUCCAUGGCUACCGGGAGUGGUGGUCAGGAGUGGGGUUGCAAUGCUCGUGCCUAUGCCUGGCAGGAUGAGUAUGGUGAUGUCGGUCCCAAGUUUCCCGAGCUCGAGCUCGAAUUGUUUGGAAAUCCCACUACUCGCCACGACCGAGUUGGACUCGACUUUUCUCGAAUUGAUAGCAUCGAGGUCCAGCAGGAGGGGCCGACCAAGAUUGAUCCCAUCGGCUCCUUCAAGGAUGCUGGCGUCCACCCUGCGAUGCUAGAGAACAUCGAGCUUUGUGGCUAUGAGAACCCUACGCCCAUCCAGAAGUUCACCAUUCCAUCUAUAUUGAUGGGACACGAUGUCAUUGGCAUCGCGCAGACUGGAUCCGGCAAAACCGCCGCGUACCUCAUUCCAAUUCUCAGUAAGCUCAUGGGCAAGGCCAAGAAGCUUGCUGCGUAUCGUCCCAACCCCUUAACGUUCCGCGAGGGUAUGGACGAGGUCGUGGCUGAGCCUCUUGUGCUCAUCGUGGUCCCUACUCGGGAGCUGGCAGUCCAAAUCUUCAACGAGGCUCGUAAGCUUUGUUAUCGUACCAUGCUGCGCCCCUGUGUCGUUUAUGGGGGUGUUCCUGUUCGUGAGCAGACCUUUCUACUCCAGAAAGGAUGCGAUAUCCUGAUCGGAACACCUGGGCGCCUGGUUGAUUUUAUCCAACGCCCGAAAGUCUUGACCCUUCGACGCCUUCGCUACAUAGUGAUUGAUGAGGCUGACGAACUCCUCAAUGAUGACUGGUCCGAGGAGCUUAACCCAAUCUUGUCCGGUGGUGAACAGGAUGAGGGCAACGUCAAGUUCAGCCUUUUCUCUGCCACGUUCCCCAAGGCCGCCCGUGACCUUGCCAAGAACUAUCUCGCCGCUUCUCACGUUCGAUUCCGCGUUGGCCGUGCCGGAAGCACUACAGCCAACAUCAAGCAGAUUGUUCUUCAGGCUGAAGCCCAUGAGAAGAAAGAACUGUUGGUCAAGCUGCUCGAGGAGAUGCAUGGCAUUCGCACGAUCAUCUUCGUCAACAGUCGUCAGGCUGCUGACAACUUGGAUGAUUUCCUUUUCAACAUGCAUUUGCCAGUCACCUCCAUGCACAGUGAGCGUACCCAGCAGGAGCGAGAGGCGGCUAUGCGGGCUUUCCGAUCUGGAAAUGCCCCGAUUCUCAUUGCUACCGGAGUGACUGCCCGUGGCAUUGACGUGCAGAAUGUCCUGCAUGUCAUCAACUACGACAUGCCAUCUAUCGACUACGGCGGCAUCGAGGAGUACACGCAUCGAAUUGGUCGAACUGGUCGCAUCGGCCAUCGUGGUGUAGCCACGUCUUUCCUUUCGGAGCGUGAUGAGCCGAUGGCCAGUGUCCUCACCCGAACACUGCUCGAGACCGACCAGGAAAUCCCUGAUUUCUUGCAGCAGUACGUUCCUGAGGGUGAUGCUCGGAACAACCUGAAGUUUGAGGCCGACUCAGACUUUGAUCCCAACGACUACGCUGGUGCUGGAGACGCUGGUGAUGCCUGGGGAGGCGAUGCUGGCAACGAUGCUGGCAAUGCUGCUGGCGGUGUUACUUGGGGUGGUGGUGAUGGCGGUGGUGAUGGUGGUAAGACUGGUGGUGGGGAUACUUGGGGCGCCGACACUGCUGCUCCCGUUGCCGCUUGGUAAUUUUGAUCAUUCGUCAAAGAACAACCGGGAAAGCCUUGAUGAAGUUGUUGACCCCAUGGGACAUGAGAUUUUGGGACAUGGUGAGCACGGCUUUGAGUCGCCGUGGAAGAAAAAGGUGAAGCAUUAUCGACAGGGUCGGCCGAAGGAUCUGAUUGUUCUAGGAGAUCCCCUAGGUAGAUAUGCAGAAUUUCGCUGAAUUGUACCUUUGUACUCGAUCUAUGCCCUUUGCUUACGUGGGAUUGUUUUGCUUUGAGUGUCACUUGACACGACGGGGAGCACAAAGUUCAAUCAACAUCUGUGAAAUCGUCAAGUCACAAGCAAGAUAGACGUUGGAAAUUAAUAGCAAAUGCUUUUCUAUU